GCCUCCCCUUUUUCGUGCCAAUUUCUACGGUCCUAUGCUAGCCUAGUGUAGGAUUUAUACGUUAACUUAAAUGAAUAUUAUUUCAAAUUUUAUUAUGCCACUAAAUGCAUAGUAACUAUAUUCUUAUAUGCAGAGGUAUUUUCGAGAUCGUGCAACAGUUAUUUGUCAUACAAUUCAAUUUACAAGAAUACAUUUAUUAUCAUACCCGAGAGGACAACUCAUAAAUAAUCGAUAGGAAUAGUCUAUAAAGUUAAAUUGAAAGUAACAUUUGCUAUUAGUUAAAUGAAAAGCCGUAAGCGUUGCAACGCAAAGCCAGUCUACCAACGGAGACCGCGCGCUACGGACGUAGCCGCGUAGUCGCGUAGCGGCGCACUGCUACGAUCGUGUUGUGAACAACUUUUAAAGUUACGUGGCUAUUUAAAAGGUUCUGUACAAGUUAUAAGUUCGUUUUCUGAUAUUUGAAAGUUGUAUGUAAAGUUAAGUUAUGACAUACUUAUUUACAUUUCUUUUUCUGUCUUUAAUUGGUUUAUUAAAAUGAUUGGAAAGCUAGUUUAAAAGUGUAUCUUUAUUAAAAGAGGACUCGGAAAAAAAUCCACUUUUGUCUUACACAAGAAAAUGUUCUAAAUAACAACAAAAAUGGAGGAAUUUCUUCGCGUUAACGAGACUGUCUCCCAAUGGUACGAGCGUUGCACCAACUUGAGCAACUUCGAUUGCUCUGAGGCGGAGAUGCUGUGGGUGAUCAUGGGUCCUCGGACGCUGCCCCUGAAGAGGAUCAUCCCCAUCUCGGCGCUGCUGCUGGUGAUCUUCGCGACGGGCGUGGUGGGGAACGUGGCGGUGUGCGUGGUGAUCGUCAAGCACCCGGCCAUGCACACCGCCACCAACUACUACCUGUUCAGUCUGGCGGCCAGCGAUCUGUUGCUCUUACUCUUUGGUCUUCCAAACGACCUGUCGAUCUGCUGGCACCAGUAUCCCUACAGCCUCGGCAUCGUCUUCUGUAAGCUGAGAGCUCUUAUCUCUGAAGCGGCCUCGUACGUGUCGGUGCUGACGAUCGUGGCGUUCUCUCUGGAGCGCUACCUGGCCAUCUGCCACCCGCUGCACCUGUACGCCAUGGCGGGGCUCCGGCGCGCGCUCCGCAUCGUGGCCGCACUCUGGCUGGUCUCCCUGCUCGCUGCAUCGCCCUUCGCGCUUUACACUACUGUCAGCUAUUAUGACUAUCCUCCAGGUUCUGGCAACUCAUCCCUGGAGUCAGCCUUCUGCGCUAUGCUGGAGCAGCCCUCCUGGUACCUGUGGGAGCUGAGCAGCCUGCUGUUCUUCAUCCUGCCAGGAGUCGUGAUCCUGGGCCUGUACGUCCGCAUGGGACUCCGCAUCAGGUACGUCCUGGGGACGACACACGCCAGCAAGCCUGGUAGCCCCGGCACAUUGAACGGUGUGAACGGCAGCGUGCACGGGGAGGCGCGCCAGGCACAGUCCAAGAAAACCAUCAUCAGGAUGCUGGCGGCGGUGGUGGUGGCGUUCUUCGUGUGCUGGGCCCCGUUCCACUUCCAGCGCCUGUUCUUCAUCUACGGCACCUCGUCCCCCUACUUCCACACCAUCAACGAGUGCCUCUUCUACGUCGGCGGCGCCUGCUACUACAUCUCUGCUACUGUUAACCCCAUACUGUAUAAUGUUAUGAGCCAUAGGUACCGCAUGGCGUUCACGGAGACCCUCUGCUGCGGAGCUGUCAUCAACAAGAAGGGGAGGUACCGAGAGCACUCCAGCAUCAGAGAGACCAUGGUGAACCACCACUCCGAGGGCACGCACCUCGUCAGGGUCCGCUCCGAGGUCCAGGGCCGGAGGAACCGCCUCGACAGGAGGAGCCGGCGCUGCAGCUACUACGGCACCGAGACCACCAGCCUCUGCAGCGAGAAGUGGAGACAGGAGACGCCCAAGAAAAUGAAUACCAUGCUGAUUAAUGACAGGAACAGCGUGACAUCAGCACUCUGUAAUAAUAACGAGAGCCUGAUCUACAAUGAGUACAAAGUCGAUGGUGACGUCACGUAGGGCUGUCACUUCUUGUAAAGUGCGUAUUUUUUGUGAAGGUUCAAACUACGGUAUUGUAUAUACUGGGAAUGUGGGACGAAUUGAGAAUGUUGGUUAUGUUAAUUUGGGGCAUAAGCUUAAUCGUUAAAAAUCGUUAGAAGAUAAUCGGUAGCAUUUUUAUAAAACAUUUUUAUUAAAACUGUAAGUUAAUGCAGACGUAAAAGUAAAUAAAGUCAUGUUUUAAGUAUUUGUAAAAUGAUUCAUUGAUCACCAAUUUUGUAAGAAACGCGUUAAACUAUCAUAAGUAUGUGAUAUUUGUUUAU